UGCAGACACUUAUGCAAAUGUCUCUGUGCGCCAGUAGAGGCUGGUGGGAGGAGCUAUAGGAGGACGGGCUGGUUUGGAAUAAAUAGAACGGAGUCAAACAUGUGUUUUCCAUAUGUUUGAUACUGUUCCAUUGAUUCCAUUCCAGCCAUUACAAUGAGCCCAAAAUGCAGAAAGCAUGAACAUGUUAGUACUUCAGGGACUUUAAAAUGGUCAGACAUCAGUCUCUCUCUCUCUCUCUCUCUCUGUCACUCUCACUGGUUCUGGGGAGUGGAGUUAAAUGGAACUCAGUGGCGCUGUAGCUGAGGUCAUCAGUUUGGUCUGUCUUCUUCCUACACCACAACAGAACUGACAGAAAAGCAUCCACACAAGUAGAUCUCAGAGCUAACCCCUGACCUGUAAGAGAUGGAUGGAUGGGACGAACCUGUAGGGUCCAUGAUGCCCAAAGACAAUGGCAGCACCGCCACAUUACCUCUGGUCAAUCGGUCCUGUGCGGACCUGAAGUGCUAUAUGGUUCUGUUCGAGGUGGAGAAGACAGCCAUCGGCUCCAUCUGUUUCCUGGCCGGACCCUUCACUUUCCUGGAGAAUGCUUUGGUCCUGGGUGUGAUCGCCGCCACGGCCGCCCUGCGCCAGCGCCCCUCCUACCUCUUCAUCGGCAGCCUGGCCCUGGCCGACAUCUUUGCCAGCUGCUUCUUCACCACCAGCUUCCUGGACUUCCACCUGUUCCACCGCCUUGACGGCCCCAUCGCCUACCUCUUCAAGCUGGGCGGGGUGACGAUGGCUUUCACCGGCUCGGUGGGUAGUCUUCUGCUGACUGCUCUGGACCGCUAUCUGUGUAUACAUCAGGCGUCGAGUUAUAAAGUGGUGUUGACGCGCCACAGGGCCCUGUUGGCUCUCCUUGCCCUGUGGAGCGCCACCAUCCUCAUCUCCUUCCUCCCUCUGAUGGGCUGGAGGUGCCCCACAGGGCUCAGCCCGCCCUGCUCGCGCCUCUUCCCAUACAUCGACCACCGCUAUCUGGCCUGCUGGGUCAGCUUCAUCCUGGUGCUGCUGUCACUCAUCCUGAGCGCCUACGCCCUGAUCCUGUGGAGGGCCAAUCGGCAUGAGUCCUCCAUGACGGGCCUCCAGGGGGCGCCUACCGGUGGUCAGGCCCGCAUGCGGCUGGACAUCCGAUUGGCACGUACCCUGGGCCUGAUUCUGCUCAUCAUGGUGGGUUGUUGGCUGCCGACCCUCUCCUUCAUGUUGGCAGAUGUCUCGGUGCAGCUCACACACGCCCAGCAGAGGGCCUUUGCUUUCUGCAGCACCAUGUGCCUGGUCAACUCAGCCGUCAACCCACUGCUGUAUGCCCUGCGCUGCCGGGAGCUGAGGGUGGCACUGAUGCGGCUGUUGGGGGGCCUGAGUGAGGGGCUGGGGUGCUGCCAGAGGCACGUGGGGGUAGACUCGACCACUACCCUUCCCUUAGGCGAGGGCAACAGCUGUAGCGCGCACUCCGAGAGUGAGGCGCCCAGACUCGUUAGCUGCCGACCGAACACAGUCUCAGAAAUGGUUGGCAAGAAGCAGCUGGACAUGACUGGAAAAUGAGAAGGGGUGAGAGGCUUACUGUAUAUCAGGGUUAUUGUAGUGGGGUGUUCUGAACUUGUGUUUCUUCUGUUGUGUUCAUAGCGAUGAGGAGGUAAUGUCUCUAAAAUGAACUGUGAUAACAGGGACUAAAACAAAGAUAUAGACCAUGUUACCAUAAAUUGUGUUGACCCACCUACAAGCAAAGUCACUCCAAGAUAAUAUUAUUUUAUUAUUUGUCCAAGGGAAUUAUUGUUAUUAGGGGAAUUAUCCCAAAUUAACACCUUUGGGAAAAGAACAGCAUUGUUGAUGUUGGCAGUGCAAAUGUAGAUGGCUAUCUGUAUCCUAUGCUUGUUUUAGCUUGAGUGUUUGUCCUUUAGCAUCCAGAAGAGGAUCCUGCCGGGUUCCCAUCUGCACAUAUAUACCUGUCCUGAACAGAGGCCCUGUGGAUUGUAAACAAUGUUUUCCACAUGUGACUGCAAGCAGUGUCGAGAUCAGAGGUGUGGGCAAGGCUGAGCCUGGGUGGGUCCACUCGGGGAAAAAAAGAGGUCCACUCAGAUUUUGUAUUAUUUAAAAAAAAAAAAAUGUUUAUGCUCUUUACUUGUCAGUGUUCCUAAUGGGAUAUUAUUUGUCUUUUUACCUAAAUACGCAAACACUAUUAGAAUUCAUACCAAGCAGUGCACUGGGUUAGUCAGAUUUGAUUAAAUAUAACAAAACAGAUGACCUGGAAUGACAUCACUUGCCAAAAAGAACUAACUGAAAGCCACACCCCCAAUGAGCAAUGAAUAUGACUGCAUUGAGGCAUAUGUCACUGUGCUUCUAUGGCUAUAUGCACCAUGCCACUACCUAUUUCAUUUGUUCAUUUAGCAAACAAGCUCAAAAUCCAGCGCCUUUAUCACAUUCUACACACCUAUAUUUGAGCUUUAAUGAGCUUUAAAAAUUAAAUUCUACAUUUUCUCUCAGCCUCAUGGCAAAAUGUGUAGAAUAGCAUGAGAUUGGCUAAAAAAAAAAACUGCACAUUUUCCCCUCUACCCUAUGGCAAAAUGUGUAAAAUAAAAUUGGGGGCCCAGACAGAUUUCUACAGGCCCAACCAACAACAGAUUUCUGGCUACGCCACUGGUCGAGAUAGGUGGGGCACAGUUUAGAAAGAUAGGGAGUCACACAACACAGAGACGAGAACACUCUUUUCUAUAGAAACUAUAGUUCACAAGUAAUUUCAGUAGAUCAAUCACAAAACAAUCAAACACAAAGGUAGAUGUUUUAUCUUGUUAUCAAAAUAACAUUUUAUUUGUCACAUGCUUCUUAAUCAACAGGUGUAGACUAACAGUGAAAUGCUUACCCACGGGUCCUUUUCCAACAAUGCAGAGUUAAAGAUAAAAAUAGAAUAGUGAUAUGAGGAAUAAAUACACAGUGAAUAAUGAAUAACAAUAACGAGUUAAAACGAGUCGAUGUGCGGGGGUACUAGUCUAAGCUCUAAGCCAUUUAAAGUAUGCCUGGGCAUACAUACAUAUAUAUAUAUAUAUAUAUAUAUAUUCCUUAAUUAGUCAAUCGAUGUCUUCUCUUCAGCUCCCAGUCUCCUGUUAAAGUGACAAACUGCACUGCUGCUUUACUGUGCAGCAUUUGAAACAAAGUGUUGUGUGUUUAUAGUCCCCCCCUCCCUCAAGAGGACAAUCCUUCUGAACACAGAUGACAGCCUGGAGACAGGGAGUCUGCCAUUUCAGGUCAGAAAACAGUGGGAAAAACAGACAGACAGCAUGGUUUAUGUGAGAUGGCAGAGACUAGAUAGAGAGAAAGACAGUCAUUUCUGGGUAACAAUUAAGUACCUUACUGUGAUUGUUUUCUAUUAAAAUGGUCAAAAAUAAACAAAAAUAGCUUCUUAGCUAAGAGCAAUUUCUGAAGAAAGACUUUUGCUACGACUGUCUGGGAGUGGUCUGAAUGGGGGGGGGGGGGGACUGAAAACUAGCUCUUGUUGGCAGAGAGGUUUGGCACUCUCUUAUGAACUCAGCAAAAAACAAAUGUCCCUUUUUCAGGACCCUGUCUUUCAAAGAUAAUUCGUAAAAAUCCAAAUAACUUCACAGAUCUUCAUUGUAAAGGGAUUGUUCAAUGUAACAAACAAUUAAUGAACAAGCACCUGUGGAACGGUCGUUAAGACACUAACAGCUUACAGGCGGUAGGCAAUUAAGGUCAUAGUUAUGAAAACUUAGGACACUACAUAGGCCUUUCUACUGACUCUGAAUAACACCAAAAGAAAAAUGGCCAGGGUCCCUGCUCAUCUGCGUGAACGUGCCUUAGGCAUGCUGCAAGGAGGCACGAGGACUGCACGUGGCCAAUAAAUUGCAAUGUCUGUACUGUGAAACGCCUAAGACAGCGCUACAGGGAGACAGGACGGACAGCUGAUCGUCCUCGCAGUGGCAGACCACAUGUAACAACACCUGCACAGGAUCGGUACAUCUGAACAUCACACCUGCGGGACAGGCACAGGAUGGCAACAACAACUGCCCGAGUUACACCAGGAACGCACAAUCCCUCCACCAGUGCUCAGACUGUCCGCAAUAGGCUGAGAGAGCUGGACUGAGGGCUUGUAGGCCUGUUGUAAGGCAGGUCCUCACCAGACAUCACCGGCAACAACGUCGCCUAUGGGCACAAACCCACCGUCACUGGACCAGACAGGACUGGCAAAAAGUGCUCUUCACUGACGAGUCGCGGUUUUGUCUCACCAGGGAUGAUGGUCGGAUUCACAUUUAUCGUUGAAGGAAUGAGCAUUACACCGAGGCCUGUACUCUGGAGCGAUUUGGAGGUGGAGGGUCCGUCAUGGUCUUGGGCGGUGUGUCACAGCAUCAUCGGAUGCGUGAUUUCCUGCAAGACAGGAAUGUCAGUGUUCUGCCAUGACAAGCGAAGGGCCCGGAUCUCAAUCCCAUUGAGCACGUCUGGGACCUGUUGGAUCGAAGGGUGAGGGCUAGGGCCAUUCCCCCCAGAAAUGUCCGGGAACUUGCAGGUGCUUUGGUGGAAGAGUGGGGUAACAUCUCACAGCAAGAACUGGCAAAUCUGGUGCAGUCCAUGAGGAGGAGAUGCAUUGCAGUAUUAAAUGCAGCUGGUGGCCACACCAGAUACUGACUGUUACUUUUGAUUUUGACCCCCCCUUUGUUCAGGGACACAUUAUUCCAUUUCUGUUAGUCACAUGUCUGUGGAACUUGAUCAGUUUACGUCUCAGUUGUUGAAUCUUGUUAUGUUCAUACAAAUAUUUACCCAUGUUAAGUUUGCUGAAAAUAAAUGCAGCCGACAGUGAGAGGACAUUUCUUUUUUUGAUGAGUUUAGAUGGAUUGUCUGACAAUGUCACAAAUUACAGUAGGUGCAGGCAUCGAUGUGGCCGGAACGACUUUGUGAUCUCACUCUCUGUACCAGAAAUGACUGGGUGAUCUCAUUCUCUGUAGGCCGCUGGGCCAGACAGAAUACCAGGAUGCUUACUUAGUGCAUGUGCUGACCAGCUGGCAAUUGUCUUCACUGACAUUUUUAACCUCUCUCUUACCCAGUCUGUAAUACCAGCUUGUUUCAAGCAGACCACCAUAGUCCUCUUGCCCAAGAACGCCAAGGUAACCUACCUAAAUGACUAUCGCCCACGUAGCACUCACAGCUAUAGCCAUGAAAUACGUUAAAAGGCUGGUUUGGCUCACAUCAACACCAUCAUCCCAGAUACCUCCAAUUCGCAUACCACCCCAACAGAUCCACAGAUGACCCAAUCUCUAUUGCACUCCACACUGCCCUCACCCACCUGGACAAAAGGAAUACCUAUGUAAGAAUGCUGUUCGUUGAUUACAGCUCAGCAUUCAACACCAUAGUCCCCUCCAAGCUCAUCACCAAGCUCAGGACCAUGGGACGGAACAUCUCCCCCUGCAACUGGAUCCUGGACUUUCUGACGGGUAGGCAACAGUGAGGGUAGGCAACAACACAUCUGCAACGCUGACCAUCGACACGGGGGCACCUCAAGGGUCUGUGCUUAGUCCCCUCCUGUACUGGGAGUUCACCCACAACUGCGUGUUCGCACACGACUCCAACACCAUCAUUAAGUUUGCUGAUGACGCGACGGUGGUAGGACUGAUCAACAACGACGAUGAGGCAGCCUUUAGGGAGGAGGUCAGAGACCUGGCAGUGUGGUGCCAGGACAACAACCUCUCCCUCAAUAUCAGCAAGACAAAGGAGCUAAGCGUAGACGACAGGAAACAGAGGGGCAAGCACGCCCCCAUCCACAUUGAUGGGGCUGUAGUGGAGCGGGUCGAGAGAGUCUACAUCACUAAGGAACUAACAUGGUCUACACACACCCACACCAUUGUGAAGAGAGAACGACAGCGCCUCUCCCCCCUCAGGAGGCGAAAAACAUUUGGCAUGGGCUCAAAAAGUUCUACAGCUGCACCAUUGAUAGCAUCUUGACUAGCUGCAUCACCGCUUGGCAUGGCAACUGCAAGGCACCGGACCAAAAGGCACUACAGAGGGUGGUGAGUACGGCCCAGUACAUCACUAGGGGCAAGCUCCCUGCCAUUCAGGACCUUUAUACCAGGCGGUGUCAGAGGAAAGCCCCAAAAAUUGUCAAAGACUCCAGCCAUCCAAGCCACAGACUGUUUUCUCUGCUACCGCACGGCAAGCGUUACCAUUGCACUAAGACUGGAACCAACAGGACCCCGAACAGCUUCUAUCCCCACGCCAUAAGACUGUUAAACAAGACUGCUAAAUAGCUAAUCAAAUGGCUACCCAGACUACCUGAAUUGACCCUUUUUGAACUAACUAUCUUGCACUGAUACACACUGGACACUACCUACACACAUACUUACACUCACACCCCAACACACACACAUACACAUUAACACACUAAAUAUGUCCACGCACAACAUGCAUACUGAUGCCACACACACAUACUCACGCGUUCACACUCACCACAUGCGCUGCUACUGCUUCACAUACGCUGCUGCUACAGCUCAGUCUAUUAUCUAUCCUGUUGCCUAGUCACUUUACCCUUACCUAUGUGUACAUAGCUACCUCAAUUUCCUGGUACCCCUGCACAGCGACUCGGUCCUGGUACUCCCUGGUAUAUAGCCAUGUUAUUGUUAUUCACUGUUUAUUGAUUCCUUGUCUCACUAUUUCUAGUUUUACUUCUUUAUCUUCAGCUGCAUUGUUGGGAAAAGACCUGUAAGUACGAAUUUCACUGUUAGUCUACACCUGUCGUUUACAAAGCAUGUGACAAAGACAAAUUGAUUUGAAGCAGUGUUUUGUUAUGAUUCUGAACGGUCAGAUAGCAAGUAACAAUGACAAGAAGCUGCCAUGUGUGGAAUCGUAGGUUGCUCAUUUCAGCUAGAUGCAUCUUGUUCUUGCUACCAUGUCUUAUUUUGCGGUGUUUUGACUUAUUUCAUGUCAAUGUUAAUACGGCUCAAAUUCACCAGCUAGCUAACCAACAACUGUAAAAAUGUAUUUGAGAGACAAUAAGUGCUCAUUGUGCAAAUGUAUUUGUUUUCAAUAAACAUUUGGUGAUGAUGUAGAUAAAUGUUGUCAACAAUGUAAGCCAACCCCAUCUGUUUUGCCCCAUAGUUGCACAUGUGUCGGUUUUGUUGCUAAACAACCAACCCAUCUAUUGGUCUAUUAACUCAUUUACCGCCUGGGGAUGUCACCAUGCAGGCAGGCCAAAACGCCAUCCCAGCAAAAAUGUAUUUUCAAACAGCUCUUCCACUAAAAGGGCAUUAUCAUAAAUUUAACAAUUUCACAGUAUUAUUCCAACCUCAGUGUGGAAAUAUAUAUUAUAUAUAUAAAAUACAACGGGAAAUCAAGUUUGACUGCACUGGGCCUUUAAGGGAAUGUGGCACACAAGAUGACCACAGAUAAUGAAUCCAUGUCAAUACAUAAAGCAUGUCCCUCCCAGGUACUAGGGACCAGAAACCCAAUGGAUAACUCACUAAUGAUUUCACUUCAAUGUUUAUGUGUAACCAUACAUUAAAUGUUACACUCUGAAUAAAAAAUAUGAGGAUAUAUGAAUCUAAAAAACACACAUUCAAUUGCUCA